CGAAACGAGGUCCGACCAUUUCCGGUUGGAUUUCGUUGCUAAAAGGUUCCGCUCUGGUGGUGGAACCAAGGGCCCAGAAGAUAACAUUUUAAAGUUCACGGUUAAAGUGAUGCUGGCUAGUUCAGUAUUGUUUAUGUCUUAUAUUUACGUAAAGUUAUAAUCAGAAAGACAAUUUCAACAUGAACCAGAUCUUUUACAUGCAUUGGCUAUAGGGUCUGGCGACCGUCUGGUAGAUCAAAUUCCCAGGGCGGAGCAAGCCACAGCAAACAGACAGCAGAGUGGACCAAUCAGCGACGGGCGGACGUGCCGUUGAUAAAGCGACAAGAAACUCUAGUGCGUGGGAAUAAACAUACGAGGAGUGUGGAGAACGGAAUUCAACAUGGCUAGCCUGAGACAGACUUUUAGCGACUUGAGCCAUGUGGGGUGUUGCUUUAGUCUUACUACUCGCCCUCUCCAGGACCUGCCUAUCUGAGGACAAACUCAAUAUGUGUAUGGAUGCCAAACAUCACAAAGUAAAGCCUGGCCCUGAGGGAAAACUUUACCUUCAGUGUGCGCCGUGGCGUGACAAUGCAUGCUGCACAGCAAAUACAAGCGCCGAAGCGCACAAUGAUAACUCCUAUCUGUACAACUUCAACUGGGAUCAUUGUGGCGCUAUGAGCCCUAAGUGCAAGAGGCACUUCGUUCAAGACACUUGUUUCUAUGAGUGCUCACCCCACCUUGGGCCUUGGAUACAACCGGUGGACCAGGAUUGGCGCAAGGAGCGAAUUUUGAAUGUACCACUGUGUGUAGAGGACUGCAACAUGUGGUGGGAGGACUGCAAAAAUGAUAUGACAUGCAAGGAAAACUGGCACAAAGGAUGGGACUGGAGUUCAGGUAUUAACCACUGCCCUGUUGAAAGCAAAUGCAAAAAGUGGACUGAUAUCUACCCGACGCCUAAAUCCAUGUGUGAACUGAUCUGGUCUAACUCUUACCUGUACACUACACUUCCCAAGACAUCCGGGCGUUGCAUGCAGCUCUGGUUCACUGGGCCAAAUCCGAACACAAAAGUAGCCGAGUAUUACAUUAACAAUACUCAGAAACUCUCUAGUUUUUCAGUCACAUCAAUACUCUUCCUGGUUACCUCGUCUCUUUCUAUGCUGGUGUAAAUAGCGAGUACCUUUCU